AUGUUGUACGAAUUCGUGGUCAUGGUCAUUGGGUGCGUCUAUCCAGCGUACGCAACCUAUUCAACUCUAAGCGGCAGCGGCAAUCAGCAGUCGCAGCUCUCGUGGAUGAAAUAUUGGAUUGUGUUUGGUGGCUUCAUUGUACUCCACUUCAUCAGCAGCUGCAUUGAGUUCUGGGUGCCAUUCCUGGCCAGCUUGAAGUUGUGCCUGCUGCUCUGGCUGCUGCCCAGCAUUGGAGGCGGCUGCCAUCUGAUACACGAUGAAUACAUUGCGCCGCUUCUGAUGCGCAAUCAGGAAACAAUUUAUCAGACCAUCGAGAGCUUGUCGCAUCUGAGCUGCACUGUGCUCCGGGAGCUGGUCAAGUGGGUGUACAAUCUGUUGGUGGAUGUCGUGGAGAAGUGUUGGCAGCUGACACGCAAUGCCAACGACAUCAAUGUGACGCCUCGUCUCCAGGUGGCCAUCAACGAGGUGAUUUCCGAGCUGCGUGCAGCGCAUCAAGCGGCGGCUUUGGAUGUUCCAGCGAUGCAGCUGCCAGCUCUGGAGGCGGAGCAGGGACAGGAGGCGGAGAAGGAGCAGCCAGAAGAGUCUAAGCAGCAGCUGGAAGAGUUUGAGCAGCUGGAGGAGGAGUCUGAGCAGCCGGAAGAGUCUAAGCAGGUGGAGAUACCGGUUGAGCUGGAGCCGAAGCCACGGGAAAAAUCCGUCACCAUCAUCACCGCUGACGAUGUGCAGCAACGCAUCCAACUGGCGGAGGGGGCGAGCGCCCUUCGCAUGCAGCUGAGCCAGCAAUUUGCACUCAAGGAGUACUUGGUGCCCAUCAACAGGCAGCUGCAAAUGGAGGAAGCGGAUCGCGCUUAUCUCGAGUACUGCGAGGAGGAACAACAUUAG